CUUUUUUUUGGCAAUUAAAUCCUUCAACUGUACAAAAUAAAAGGAAAAAGUUAAAUCCUUUAGCUGUCCAUAGAUUUCUGCAUGAGCUACACCAGGCCAGUUAACAUCAAUUUUGUGAAUUAGAGAGCAAGAAAUCAGGCAAAAAACUGAAUUUUGCAAGGAGAAAGGAAAUCAAAUGGCAACUGGUUGGAGGAAAUCGGUGGGUAAUGUUAGAUCCUUUUUCGGAAACUUAACCGGAGGUUUAAGGGGUGGAAGCAAUUUAGCUUCUUGGGUUGUUGCCGGUACCUUAGCUUACUUUCUUUGGGUCAAGCCCUCUCAGGAACUCAAGAGACAACAAGAGGAAAAGGCGGCUUUAGCUGCUGCUUCAGAUAUUUAUCGUUAUGUUGAGAAGCGAAAACCAAUUCCUGAUCCACAGGAAACUGGAUUGAUAUACGGUAAUAAGAACAAAGCUAAAAAACCUGAAGAAUAGCUUUGGGAGAAUUCAAUGCCAUUCUGUAAGUUAGCUUGCAAAAUGCAUAGGGAAUUGUAAUCCUUGUGGAGUUAGUGACUUACUGCUGCUCGUUGGCGUAUAGGAGCUUAUAGUACUUGUACUUCUGAAGUCAUUUUUUAUUGGGGCCAAAUAAUGAUCUAUACAAAUAUACCUAUACAAGAAAAUCAUGUAAGCUUUAAGUUUAUGUUGAUGAAUCAAUGUAGCUUUCUUUUUCCUGGGUUUCAAGGCGAGGUUCUUGAAUAACGUAAUACUGGUUGGUCAACAUGGCAUUUUAUUCCCCUAACUUUGAGCUACAUGAACACUUUUGUUAAAUGUUUGAAGUUUUAUAUGUAUUGGUUACAAAUAGCUUCUGUUCU